CCUUGGAGCCCGAGCGGCGACUGCGCAGUCUCGCGGGGGGGUCGGAGGGAGGAAAGGGCGUCGAGGCAUCUGUCCCAGGGCACCUGGGACCUUUCCAAGACGGAGGAUUCGCGCUGCAACCCAAGCGGUGGGGAACCCGCCACCAUGGCUUCGCAGACUUCAGCCCCUGCUGAGCCUGCACCCAUGCCUUCUUCAGAAGCAGAGACCACUGAAGGAGCAUCCACCUAUGACCAAGCAGACAUGGAGACCAAGCACGCGGGGCCCCCGUGUCCCCCAAAGCAGAAGUCAUGGCUAGCUCGGCAUUUCUCCCUGCUGUUGCGGAGAGAUCGACAGGCCCAGAAGGCCGGGCAGCUCUUCUCAGGGCUCCUGGCUCUCAAUGUGGUAUUCCUGGGUGGGGCUUUUAUCUGUAGCAUGAUCUUCAACAAGGUGGCUGUCACUCUGGGGGAUGUGUGGAUCCUGCUGGCCGUACUGAAGGUCCUCUCCCUGUUGUGGCUCCUCUACUACACAGUGGGUACCACCCGGAAGCCCCACGCAGUCCUGUACCGUGAUCCCCACGCAGGACCCAUCUGGGUGAGGGGCUCCCUGGUGCUCUUCGGCAGCUGUACCGUCUGCCUGAACAUAUUUCGAAUGGGCUACGACGUGAGCCACAUUCACUGCAAGUCAGAAGUGGAACUCAUCUUUCCGGCCAUUGAGAUUGUCUUUAUGAUUAUCCAGACGUGGGUGCUCUGGAGACACUGUAAGGACUGUGUUCAGGUGCAGACCAACUUCACCAGGUGUGGACUCAUGCUGACUCUGGCCACAAACCUGCUGAUGUGGGUUUUGGCUGUGACCAAUGACUCCAUGCACCGUGAGAUUGAGGCUGAGCUCGACGCUCUCAUGGAGAAGUUCUCAGUUCUUCGGUGCAGGACCUGCCUGAGAUGCUGUCUUUUCCUGCCCUAUCUCCUCUCAGGUAAUGGGACCAACACUUGCAUGUGCCUCAACACCACAGUGUGCGAGGUCUUCCGGAAGGGCUAUCUGAUGCUCUACCCCUUCAGCACUGAAUACUGCCUCAUCUGCUGUGCUGUGCUCUUCGUCAUGUGGAAGAACGUGAACCGCAGCCUGGCAGCCCACACAGGUGCCCAUCCCAACAGAUCACCCUUCCGCCUGCACGGGACCAUCUUUGGGCCACUGCUGGGCCUUUUGGCACUGGUGGCUGGCGUAUGUGUCUUUGUGCUCUUCCAAAUCGAAGCGAGUGGCCCUGACAUAGCCCGCCAGUACUUCACCCUCUACUAUGCAUUCUAUGUGGCUGUGCUGCCCACCAUGAGCCUGGCGUGCCUGGCAGGUACAGCCAUCCAUGGGCUGGAGGAGCGCGAACUGGACACACUCAAAAACCCCACACGCAGCCUGGAUGUGGUGCUGUUGAUGGGCGCUGCACUGGGCCAGAUGGGCAUCGCCUACUUCUCCAUCGUGGCUAUCGUGGCCACCCAGCCGCACGAGCUACUCAACCAGCUCAUCCUGGCCUACUCACUACUGCUAAUCCUGCAGCACAUCACUCAGAAUCUCUUCAUCAUCGAGGGCCUGCACCGCCGCCCCCUCUGGGAGCCUGUGGUCUCAGGUGUGAUGGAGAAGCAGGAUGUUGAGUUACCCCGCCGAGGCUCCCUGCGGGAGCUGGGUCAGGACCUUCGGAGAGCCUCAAGGGCCUACAUCCACUCCUUCAGCCACCUCAACUGGAAACGCAGGAUGCUCAAGGAGAUCUCUCUCUUCCUCAUCCUCUGCAACAUCACACUGUGGAUGAUGCCCGCCUUUGGCAUACACCCAGAGUUUGAGAACGGGCUGGAAAAGGAUUUUUACGGCUACAAGACCUGGUUCACCAUUGUUAACUUCGGCUUGCCUCUGGGUGUCUUCUAUCGCAUGCACUCUGUCGGGGGGCUGGUGGAGGUCUACCUGGGGGCCUGAGUGCCCAAGGAACCCAGCCACAGCGGAACCCCGAAAGUGCCAAGGCAGAAAAAGAAACUCGGGAGUACCUGGGCAGACACAUCACAUCAAGAGGUGCAGAAACCUGCCUGAGGUUCUCAAAGUGACCUAUCCUCAACCUGACUGAGGAGCGGACACUGCCUGGAGCUCAAAACUAAGGGUGGGGCUUGGAAAUAGAGUUCAGGGAUGUCCCCCGGGUGGCCGCCAGAGGCCGUGAGGGUCGGUAUGAAAUUGUGGAGUCUGGGGGCUGCAAGAGGCUGAGUACUUCUGUGGGACAUCCUAGAAGCUCAGAACUCCAACUGAGAGCUCAAACCCCAGCACUCCAAGCUUGGCAGGCAGCCCUGUCCCUCUCCCCACACGCCCAUCUCCUAAUGAGCUCAUUCAUUAGCUGCCAGGCAGGGCCCAACAGCUCUUUCCGGCUUCCAUAAACCCUGUUUGUUUGAUCG